GCUCUACAACAAACCACGAGUCAGACGCUGACGAGCUAUGAUGCUAUUUGACACUUCUGUUUCAGGCUGUUAUUUUCUUAGAAGAAGCAACAAAUGAACUGCAAGGUGGUGCUUAUUCAUUCCCGCCUCCAUAAUGGACUUGCAAGUUAUAUUCGAGGAGAUGACCCGGCCAAUGCCAAGGAGUAUAGGCCUACUAUUGGCGUCUUUGAUUUUUCUCUUUGCCAUGCUCAUGUGGCGCAGGAUCAGGCGGAACUGGGAAGUACACAGCCCGCCUGGACCGUUCGCUUGGCCGGUCAUUGGGAACGCAGCAGAGCUUGGCAACACUCCUCACCUCUAUUUCUCUCGCAUGUCACGGAAAUACGGGGAUGUCUUUCAAAUCAAACUCGGCUGCCGGGACGUUGUGGUACUGAAUUGCGACGCAAUCAGGCAGGCGCUCAUCAAAAAGGGAUUUGAUUUCGCAGGCAGACCUGACUUUGCCUCGUUUCAAUAUGUUUCCAAUGGCGAUGGCAUUGCUUUUGGUACAUUUAGCGAAGGGUGGAAAGUGCAUCGAAAAGUGGCCCAAUCUACUGUUCGGAUGUUUUCUACCGGCAACAUGCACACCAAAAAGGCCUUCGAAAACCAUGUUGUCUGCCAAGUAAGGGAGCUGCUCCAUAUUUUCCUGGUAAAAACUAAAGAGCACCAAUAUUUCCAGCCGAUGACAUACUUGGUGGUAUCAACCGCUAACGUAAUGACCGCCGUGUGCUUUGGAAAGAGGUAUUCAUACGACGACGCAGAGUUUGCGCAAGUGGUGGGACGAAACUAUCAAUUCACCCAAACAGUGGGAGCUGGAAGCAUCGUGGAUGUUAUGCCUUGGCUCCAGUAUUUUCCCAACCCAAUAAAAAACAUGUUUGAAAACUUUAAAGAGCUCAACCAGGAGUUCAGUAAAUUUAUCCUUAAUAAAGUUGUCGAGCAUCGAAAGACCAUUCAGCCAAGCACCAUCCGGGACAUGACAGAUGCUUUCAUCAUGGCAUUGGACCAUUCUCAGGACAGCUCACCAAGGGUCUCACCAGGCAAAGAUUAUGUGGCACCCACUAUCGGUGAUAUUUUUGGAGCAAGCCAAGACACACUAUCUACUGCACUCCAGUGGAUCAUUCUGAUACUUGUGAGGUUUCCUCAUAUUCAGCUGCGUCUCCAGGAGGAAGUAGACAAAGUGGUCGACCGGAGCCAUCUGCCCAUCAUCGAGGACCAGUCGCAGUUGCCUUACGUGAUGGCCUUCAUCUACGAAAUGAUGCGCUUUACCAGCUUCGUGCCGCUCACCAUCCCCCACAGCACCAUCACCGACACCACCAUCAUGGGCUACACCAUCCCCAAGGACACAGUGAUCUUCAUCAACCAGUGGUCCAGCAACCACGACCCCACCAAGUGGACUCACCCGGAGACCUUUGACCCCCUGCGCUUCCUGGAUCAGGACGGCUCGCUGAACAAAGACCUGGCCAGCAGCGUGCUCAUCUUCUCCUUGGGAAAGCGGCGGUGCAUCGGAGAGGAACUGUCAAAGAUGCAGCUGUUCCUAUUUACAGCAUUGCUGGUGCACCAGGCCCACUUUAGUCCCGACCCGGACAAGCCGCCCACUAUUGACUACACCUACGGACUGACCCUGAAGCCCAAUAACUUCUCCAUAGCAGUGAGUCUACGGGACAGCAUGGAAGUCCUGGAGAAGGCUAGUCAACAAGUCUGAAUGAAAUGGAUGUCACCAAGGACGGUCCUGGACGUUCUGCUGCCCUAAGUGAGACAAAAAUCUGCCACCCCCUUGCUAUCCCCGCUAAACCAUGUACAGCAGUGGUCAGCAAUAGGUUAUGCCAUGGGCAAAAAGAAGUCUCACCUGAAAGUCGGAGGAACAGAACAUAAUAGCAGCCCAGUUCAUAAGCCUACACUACAAAUUAAACACAAUUUUUAAUACAUCUAGUUAGUAGGCUAUAUAAUCAGUUCAAUGUCAAUAACAUAGCUUAAUUAUGAUUUCAUUGAUAAAAUCACCAAUGUCUCUAUUAAAUUCGUGUUUUAUAUUGUUGUGUGCUUUGAUUGGGGAAAAACAUCUGUCAAUCAAAAGAAAAUGUUGGGCUGUAAAAGGAGGAUAGUGAAAAUAUAAGUUUCAGGUAACAAAGGGCAGAGAAAUAGGCAUUCUUACCUUAUUCUUAAUGUCAAACAGCUGUUUGCAAAUAAUUAAAUCUUCGACGUCCUUAUGAAUCUAAGCAUGGCACUUUCAAAAGUUACCUUUCCACGUAGCUCUACCUACGCAGAAAAACAUCCGCUUCAACUGCUGGCUCCUCCUCCAUUGCAUAACCCAAGAACAGAAGUGCUUCCCUAAAAGCUGUCUGGGUUUAAACAAACAUCUUCUCUUUUCAGGGAGUGAAAAUGUCAAUUAACAGCGACAGACUUUAGGGACAGAAUAGCAACGUCAAUUUGUUUGUCUCCUUGAAUAUUAUAGGCUGCAGCUCAGCUUCAGAAUGUCAUAGAGAGGAAUCAAUAUAUCCCGAUGUGCAUCGGAGUCAUGUCUUUCGCGGGUAUUUUAAAGCUUGUUUCUACCAUAAGGCAUCACAGAGUUAAGCAUUGUUAUAGAACUCUUUAUAUAAUCUGGAUACUUUUUAUGUAUUUAUUUCAAAAUAUAAAGCAAACAAAUAGAUAUCCUUUUUGCCCCUUUCUUUAACAAAUGGUAUGGGAUACCCACACUCAAUUUGAGCUCAAACACACCAAGCCAUUCCCAGACACUGAGUUAUUUAAGGAGUGCAUGCGACAGUUAUUGGAGGAUUUGGCUAUACCGACAUCUAUGCGUAGCAUAAUUGUGUUUGUCAAACAGGUAGGUCUACCACGUUUUUGAAUAGGACGAAAUAGGCUCCAAUUUAUAUAUGUAAGUCUAUGAUUAGGGCCAUAAAAAAUGUUGGUGGGCGCGUGCACAUGUGAGGUCCCUUACCGGGUAGAAAUGAAUUUUACUUUAACCCCUGCAUCGGAGAGUUACAAUGUUGCAAUCACUAUGCAGCCAACUGCCUAUAGAAGGAAACCGAGUUUCUUACUAAUAAUAUGCCACCUGUUAUAUCACACAUGGCACGACCCCACAGUUGUUACAAUUAGAAUAAAAAUAACACUUUUAUUUAACAUAUCAUUUAAUUCCACAUAGCGCAAUGUUCUGGGUGGCCAAUAUGCGUAUCAAGGCCUCUGCAGCACCUGCUGCCAAUGGAGUCUCACCGUUAACAGCCUGUAGGGCUUGGGCAUUAAUAGUUAGCUUGGACACCAGGCUGAUCUCCAGCUGGUUCCACCUCUGGAAAAUAUCUAGGCGCUCAUGCGACUUCUCAUGCGAGCUGAGGUGGCACAGAUUCUUCCAGUCCCUGGUUCCAUCCCUGACCAGUGUAGAUUUGUACACAGAAAGCUGCAUUGUUUUUGCUUGGAAUAAACGAGCCAUGGUCACGCCACUCUCCCCGUUCGCCAUCCACCUAUUGUAUUGGGCCACCGAAAAUAUUCGUUGCCCCUCAUCUCUUUGGAAAUUCCACUCCUUAUCCUGAUGUGGCCCAGCCUGCACUAACAUAUCCCAUAAAUAUGUAUUUUUUUAUAUCUGGGAGUCGGAUUUAGCAGAAGCAGCACCACUAUCAUCCGGGACAUGGCGCGACAAAUCUGAGUUUGGUUCCCAGAUAGUAGAGUCUCUGCCGACAUUGUUUGGAGGUGCGGCUAGACUGGUGCGACAGUCUGUUGUUGUCCACCCAGAGAGCUGUCAUCAUCGGUGGAAGUGGAUGGCUCGGACUUCUCCGAUUCGCCGUCUUCUCUGCUAGAACCAGCGAACGGGGGCUCGUCUGUCUCUGUGAAUUUAUGGCCUGUCCUUGGAGGCUUGUUGUUCUCCGCACAGGCUGAUGGACAUUGCUGCAUACAGCAAAUCUCUUUGGCUUAGAGAUUGUGCCUCUUUUCUUAUUAGUAAAAACAACAACUAUAUAUUCGCUUCCUGGUAGUUUUUGUCUCUUAGACAUGGUAGCAAAUCUGGUUGCAAAUCUCUAUAUGGUAGCUUCAUUUUUAGCUGAAAUCGUUUACACUAGUAGCUAGCUAACGUUAACAAGCUAGGUUAGGCUACUGCCUUAAUCACUAAUCAUCUUCAUUACACACAAACAUUAAAAAACAAUACAAUCGUUUAAUUGGCAGAUUCAUUUUAAUUAAUGUUUCACAAUUUGAUAACCCCAUGUAAAAACAUACAUAUCACCAUAGCUACCAAGGAUAGUGGGAGUGAACUUCGUGAGAAGCAUGAAUGGUGUGGAGGUGGGAACUGCAGCAAUGGCUAUGAGCUGGUGGCUGGGACAUCGACGGCGGUGUAGUAGCCGAGCAGGCUCCCCAAAUUCACGUGCCGCCAUAGGCAACCACCAAAUCUUGCCUAAUAAUGGGAGGGCCGGCCCUGGAUGUCACGUUGCUUGCUAAGCAAGUACCCCUUCCUUCGGAUUUGCCUCAGACCUAGGCAUUGAACCCAAGACUUCUGCCUUGCUAGCACAUUUUCCAUCCCUUGCGAAGCGUCUUACCAGUCGGCGCUACCGAAAUGCCAUCUAUUCGGCAGCGCAAGUGGGAACACAUCCCCAUCAUCCCCAUUUCACACAUCCCCAUGCACUACAUGAACACUCUUUUCAUACAUCUAUAUUUUCUUUGUUUUACAGGAUAACACGCAAAUAACUAUGGCUCACAUUUUUUAAUAGUUUUUAAAAAUGAAGUAUUGCACAAGUAUUGGCAUAUCCUUUACUGGAACCUGACAUAACAUAGUGUAACGACCCUGGGUUUAUAAGCGCGGAAAUCGACGCUGCCGCACGAGCAUGCUUUUUGGGCCACAGUCGAUAGCUCGCUGGACUUCGGGCUAGAAGGUCGACGGUUCGAGGCCUGCUCCCUGCCUCUUUCAUUACAUAGGUGUCAGAAGUAGCGUGCAGUGCGGGCAAUGGUCUGUUCUUUCACACAGCCUGUUGGCCACUUCAUUUACUAUAUUUUCUGACAUACUGACCGGAGUUGAUUCAGUCUUUUCACUUGCAUCCACCAUCUCAAGAAGUACCUUGUGUACCUUUUUAUGUCACAAAUAUAAUCUCUAAAUAAGGUCAAUAUGAUACAUUUUAAUUGACAUAUUUGGCACUAGCCAAAAAAGACAGGGAAUUCAAAUGAGCAGCCCUUUCCUAAAUUUGAUAUGCAUUAUGCACUAAAGUUCUACAGCAAACAGCGUAUUAUACCUGCUACUGCUAUUGAUAUGCAUAUAGUGUAAAACAUUUGAAGUUGAAUGAACUUUUAAAAAAUCAAGGCAACCAGCUGCAACACAAUUAUAUGAUAUUAAACAAAAAACACAUUUUGGUAGUAAUAACUUUGUAGCAAUAUUAACAAAAAUAUGUGAUUUUGUCCAAUGAACAAAAUUGAUAAUCAUCAACCAAGGAUAGUUCAAUUUCUUUCCUCAACUGUGCCAUAACUACACUGAUUGGAUGGACCAAGUAAGUGGUCAGACUUUACUUUGCUUAGGCCUUAUACCUGAGUAACUAAUUACUAAUGUAACUAUCUUGUACUUACUAGUACUGACUAACCGGUGUCUGUAUGUAGCCUCACUACUUUUAUAGCCUCACUACUGUAUAUAGCCUGUCUUUUUACUGUUGUUUUAUUUCUUUACUUACCUAUUGUUCACCUAAUACCUUUUUUGCACUAUUGGUUAGAGCCUGUAAGUAAGCAUAUCACUGUAAGGUCUACUACACCUGUUGUAUUCGGCGCACGUGACAAAUAAACUUUGAUUUGAAGUA